AUGGCUCGCCCCUCCGUGGUCCAAGAGUACGCACCGCCCUCCGCGCCCACCCUCACCAUCGAUCAAAAGUCCACGGCCGAGCACCAAAACUACCGAGUCGCUCGCCCCCAAGGCUACCGCGUCUCAUGGCACGCCAAUCCAGCCGUCGAGGCACACCACUUCGGCCAAUCCCACCCAAUGAAGCCAUGGCGCCUCACCCUCACCAAACAACUAGUCAUGGCCUACGGCAUGCACCACGCAAUGGACCUGUACCUCGCGCGUGCAGCAACCUAUGAAGAAAUGGCCGACUUCCACGAAGCAGACUAUCUCGACUUCCUGCGACAAGUAAUGCCAGGCGACAUCGACCGGCCCGAACAAAGCGACAAUGUAGUCCGCUUCAACUUCGGCGACGACUGCCCGAUCUUCGACGGCCUAUACAACUACUGCUCCCUCUACGCAGGCGGCACAGUCGACGCCGCCCGCAAACUAUGCAACAACCAAUCCGAAAUCGCAAUCAACUGGUCCGGCGGCCUUCACCACGCCAAAAAGCAGAAGCAUCGGGCUUCUGCUACGUAA